AUGGCCUCCCGUGGACGCUGGGACACUCUCUUUGCCCUCACCUGCUGCAUGGCUGUGCUCAUUGGGCAUGCUGCCAAUGCCACCCCCCUGCAGCCCAAGUACCCUGGGGAUGGUGCUCCUGUAGAGGACCUGAUCCAGUUCUACAAUGACCUGCAGCAGUAUCUCAAUGUGGUCACACGGCCCAGGUUCGGCAAGAGGUCUGGCAGCCAGGCCCUCUGUGGGGACCCCUACCGCCUCACAGGAUGCUAA